UCUGGUCGUACGUCGUCGUCCUUUUUGCAGAAAAGUCCCUGUAGUUUUUGGUAAUUGAACCCGCAGUCCCUGUUUAAGUGAAUCUGAGAAAAUGCUUCAUUUUUGCAGAAAACCCCUGCAUUUAUUAGUUUUCAGCCCGCGAUCCUUCCCCAGUUUCCCCUCUGCCCCGACUAAAAAAAUCCCCUCUGCGCCGGCCGGCGCCCGACGGCCCGAUUCAGCGCCUCCCGCCGGAGACCGCCCGCCGCCGACGAGGGGCACGCCGGUGAUCUCCCCCAGCCCGCCUGCCCCUCUUUCAUCUCCGUUCUACUCCUCCUCUCUCGGCCCCCUCGAGCUCGCCUCGAUCCAUGGCCUCUCCUUAAACCUAGCUCCGGUCACGGCCACGACCGGCUUCGCAGCUCCCGGCCGCCAUCGCCUGCGCCUCCCCCCGUGUCUCCCUCACCUCGCCUGUGCAGCACCGUGGUUGUACAUCGCCAGCGCCAUCAGCUACAGCCCCGCUCUAAUCCACCUGCAAGCCAUGGACAGCGGCCUGGCUGCUCACUCGUCGCUGGCCUACCAGUACCUCCACCAACAUCUCAUCCAUCUAGAUCAGGGGCGCUUUAAUUUCAGCAGAUUUUCUUCUUCUUUGCAACAUGGUAAUUUUCUGGGAUAGAGUCUUGAUUUUAAUUAUUGCAGAAUGGCAAUCUGCUUUAUGUUGGCUUUAUCAUCUCAGGAUAAUCCAGAUGUUUUCCUAUGCCUUGAAGAGUUGUUGAUGGAUGAUAUACAUAGGCUACCAGGUGGUAGCUCCAAUGUUGCAACUGAGGUCAGCAAUGGGUGCUUCUCCUGGGAUGGCUCACCUGAGAUACCAACGUUGAAGGAUCUGAAUUUUCAAGCUCGGCAAGGCAUGCGUGUUGCACUUUGUGGGACGGUCGGCUCUGGAAAAUCAAGUUUGAUCACUUGAAUUCUUGGUAUGGUGCCAAAGCUAUUAGGAGAGGCCAAGACUUGCGGAACAAUGGCAUAUGUCAGCCACAAGGCAUGGAUACAGAGCGGCAAAAUUCAGGAUAACAUACUGCUCGGCAAGGAGAUGGAGAGUGAGGAGUAUGGCAGGGUCCUUGAAUGGUAUUCGCUAAAGAAAUACUUGGAGAUCAAAAUCAUUGGAGAGUGAGGCUGCACUCUUAGUGGCAGGCCGAAACAAAGGAUUCAGAUAGCCCGAGCAUUGUGAUGUAUGCUGACAACUAUUUUGUUCCAUGAUCCCUUCAACGCAGUUGAUGCUCAUACAGGAUCCCAGUUUUCCAAGAUCGAUGGUUUCGCCGCGGUCGUCGGGAGAAAUAUCAUCGACGGUAGGGGAAAAGCGGGUAGGCUGAGGCGGGCACCCACACCAAGCGGCCGACCCACGAAGGUGGCCAUGCAGCUCCGCCUCAUGCCUCUCUCCCCAUCUCUAUGUUCGUGUCAAACCCAGCGCAAGGUAGAGGCAGAAGAGGAGGCCGGGAAGAGAAGCUGCAAGAGAAAGUUGUUGAAGUGGAAGAAGGUGAACCUGUAGAAGAGCUGAAAAAAGGACGUGGUAGAGACAAG